GUGAUUUUAAAGGAUGUGGACUCACUUCUCUACGUGGACACCGAUGUUCUCUUUCUGAGACCUGUCGAUGACAUCUGGAAGCUUCUGAGGCUGUUUAAUUCCACCCAGCUUGCAGCCAUGGCCCCUGAGCACGAAAUCCCCAAGAUUGGCUGGUAUAGCCGCUUUGCAAGGCAUCCUUUCUAUGGCUCUGCAGGAGUUAAUUCAGGAGUCAUGUUAAUGAAUUUAACUCGGAUAAGAAGUACCCAGUUCAAGAACAGCAUGAUUCCAACAGGCCUGGCUUGGGAGGACAUGUUGUACCCUCUGUACCAGAAGUACAAGAAUGCCAUCACGUGGGGAGACCAGGAUUUAUUAAAUAUUAUUUUCUAUUUCAAUCCAG